AUGGACGACGAUACUGAAGAUAAUGAUGCAUAUACUUUUGAGCUUAUGCGAAAUAUUGAGAAUGAAAUCAAAAAUGAAGUUAGAGAUCUUACUGAUCACAAUAGUGAUGAAGAUGAAAUUUUUGAUGAAACAGAAGAAAAUACUGAUGAUGAAGCUGAAGAGGAGACUUUACCGAGUAGAGAAGAUUAUUGGAAAAUGGAUUGGAAAUAUCUGCAACAUAGAAUUACCAAAUAUAUAACUUUAGUUCGGUUUGAACAACCUUUAUCUACACAUAUCUUAAAAGUUUCUAAAUCGAUAUAUUUACCAAAAUCGCAAGUUUCAAUCGAUGAAAUGGUCGCCAGAUUUCGAGAGAGAAGUAGUCAUAUAGUGCAAAUCAAAAAUAAACCUAUACCAGAAGGAUACAAAAUACCUUUGCUUUGUGAUUCAGAAUAUAUGUAUUGUUUUGUUUUUACUUCUCGUAUUGAAUCUGUAGAAUCUAAUUCUGAAAUUAAUUUAAUUCUGAAUGUUAAUAAAAUCAGUCAUAUGCGAAAAAAUAGGUAUGGUGGUUGCAGAACAGUAAGAACAAAUACAUCAAAGUUUCCUACUUGCUUAAAAAUAAAAAAAUUGCAGAAAUUAGAAUGGGAUACUCUUUCUGGUGCUGUUGUUAAUGAUGUUUUGGUUGUGUUUUGGAUGGAUAACAGGCCAGUAACAAUGUUAACAACCAUACAUGAAAUUUUAGAUGAUGAAAAUCGAAAAGUUCUUCCCAUACCUGCUGUAAUAGAUGAUUACAACUAUCAUAUGGGUGGUGUUGAUAUAGCCGACCAAUUAAGGGGCUAUUAUGGUGUACAAGUUCCUAAUUUGGUGGAAGAAUCACUUGAAAUGGGUCAAAAUUUACAUACACAGAAAAAAAUAGCAAUGAUUCAGUUAGGAUUACAGAAGGAUCAAGAUUUACAAAGAUCAUUUUAUGUUACAAAAAAAUUUGACUUACCUAUUGAAUAA